UAAGCAUUAUCGGUGGGACUGAUCACCGCGGGCGUGACUGCUAUUGGAUAAACUGGGGAGCGACGACAGGAAGAAGGAAUGUUCGGGAAGGCCUUAUCUAAGAGCGCCAGGCGGUUGUGACGGGAAGUGGAAUGUCAGGAGGGGAAAGAGGAAGUAGGCGGGGAUGUGUCUGACAAACACACACACGUAGAGAGGCCAUUUCCUUUCCUGUGUUCCUGCCUGGCCUGUGUUCCCUCAUUUUGUGUUGGAAUUACUGAAGCACCUGCUCUCUCUCUCCCUCCUGGACCCUCGGGGGACCCCAUCUCACAGUCAGAGAGAGAGAGUGAGAGGAAGAGAGCUGCAAAAGCGGGAGGGAGGGACACAGGAGGAGCCAGAAGGAGGGGUUGGAGAGCGCGGAGCAGCAAAUCCAAAGGGGUCAUCAUCACAUUGCUGGAUUCUUUUACACCGGCGAGAGCUUGUUCUUUUUGUGUGGUGGCAGACAGCCUGUGAAGUUAUGUGAUCCCAGAACAAAAGGAACAAGGAGGAACGAACAAUCCGAUGCUGACAAGGAAGUGGAGGAACUCACAGCAGGGGGCGGGGGGCCACGGUUAUUCUGACAUCAGGAACCAAUUCAUCACCUGAACCUGAUUUCAUUUUUCUGCAGUUUCCUCUCUUUUUUUGGCAAUUUGAGUAAAUUUUCUUUUUCACGCUGGAAAUAGAAAGACACUUCUUUAUUUCAGCUUUUUCACCAAGGGUGAAGUCAGAGACAGUCACCAGUUUGUAGACUCUCACUGAGGCUGAGGAACUGAAGAACUUAGGACCACAGGAGUGCAGGUCCCUGUGAGGGGGCAAAAUGUUGCGCUAUUUGAUCAAGACUCUGCUGCAGAUGAACCUGUUCAGCGACACCAUGCGAAACCCAUCCAACGGCACUGAUCUGUUCUACAACAUGUCUCUGCCGUCCUUCAACAGCUCUCUCCUGGACUGGGGAAACUUCACCGGCUUCAACGGAUCCAGACCCAGGUUAGAAGAUGCUCCUCCCAGAAUCAUAGAACAUCCGUCCGAUCUGAUCGUGUCCAAAGGCGAACCGGCUACGCUUAAUUGUAAGGCUGAAGGACGGCCAGCUCCAGUGGUGGAAUGGUACAAAGACGGUGAACGUGUUGAGACAGAUCGAGAAGACCCCCGCUCCCACCGAAUGCUCCUGCCCAGCGGCUCGCUGUUUUUCCUGCGAAUCGUACAUGGAAGGAGAAGCAAGCCCGAUGAAGGCGUGUAUGUGUGUGUGGCCCGCAACUACCUGGGCGAGGCAGUCAGUCGCAAUGCAUCGCUGGAAGUGGCAAUCCUGAGAGAUGAUUUUCGUCAGACGCCCAUGGAUGUUGUGGUUGCCGCUGGUGAGCCAGCUGUAAUGGAGUGCCUCCCCCCCAGAGGCCAUCCUGAACCCACCAUCUCCUGGAAGAGAAACAACAUCCGGGUCAAUGAUCGAGAUGAGAGGAUCACUAUGCGUGGGGGGAAGCUGAUGAUUUCUAAUACCAGGAAGAGUGAUGCUGGCAUGUACGUGUGUGUUGGUACCAACAUGGUUGGAGAGAAGGACAGUGAUCCCGCUGAACUCGUAGUGUUUGAGAGGCCGAUGUUCACCAAACAGCCGGUGAACCAGAUAGUCCUGGCUGACGACACCGUGGACUUUUUCUGUGAGGUGCACGGAGACCCGACCCCGACUGUGCGGUGGCGCAGAGAGGAAGGAGAGUUGCCCCGGGGCAGGUUUGAAAUUCGUAGCGACAACAGUCUGCGUCUGACGCAGGUGCGAGCUGAGGACGAGGGCACGUACACCUGUGUGUCAGAGAACAGUGUGGGCAGAGCCGAGGCGUCGGGCACCCUGCAAGUGCACGACGGCCCGUCCAUGGCUCCACAGAUCGUAAUCCGGCCACGGGACCAGAUUACAGCCCCGGGUCGAACGGUCACCUUCCUCUGUAGCACCAAGGGAAACCCUCCACCUGCUGUAUUCUGGCAGAAAGAAGGCAGUCAGAUGUUGUUAUUUCCAACUCAGGAACCUUCACAGUCGGGUCGUUUUUCCGUGUCACUGAGCGGUGAGCUGACCAUCGUCGACGUCCAAGUCAAAGACUCUGGAUAUUACAUCUGCCAGGCCAUUAAUGUUGCUGGCAGCAUCCUGACUAAAGCUCUGCUGGAGGUGGAAAGUGCACCUUCAGACCGUGUGCCUCCCAUCAUCCGCCAAGGACCCGCCAACCACACGUUAGCUCCGGGCUCCACUGCUCAGUUACACUGUCACAUCAUGGGCAACCCCAUCCCAAGCAUCCAAUGGGAAAAGGAUGGCCAGAGAAUCCUGGGAAAUGAUGGACGCAUCAGUUUGAUGGAGAACGGCACCUUCCAAAUCACCAACCUUCAGGAAACGGACUCCGGGGUUUACACCUGCCUGGCGUCGAGUUCCAGUGGAGAGACGAGUUGGAGUGGAGUGCUCACAGUCAAAGAGAGUGCCGACUCGUCGACUGCCCAGACCACAGAGCCGUUCCAGCUGCCAGGUCCUCCACACAAACCUAUAGUGACAGACGUCUCCAAGAACAGUGUCUCUUUGACCUGGCAACCCAACGCCCAUGAGGGUGGGGCUGCAGUCACCUCCUAUAUCAUCGAGGCCUUCAGUCAAUCAGCAGGGAGCAAAUGGCAGACAGUGGCCGACAUGAUCAAAAUGGAAACGCACACGAUCACCAGUCUGCUCCCCAACACCAUAUACCUCUUCAUUGUCCGAGCUGUCAACGCAUACGGCCUGAGCGACCCCAGCCCCAUCUCUGAGCCAGUCAGAACACAAGAUGUAAGUCCUACAGGUCAGGGUGUGGAUCACAGGCAGGUCCAGAGGGAACUGGGAGAGGUGGCCGUCCAGCUGCAGGAGCCUGUCACACUCACAUCUGCUUCAGUCCGAGUUUCCUGGACUGUUGACCGUCAGUCUCAGUACGUCCAAGGCUACCGCCUUUUUUACCGACCGAGCGGUGGAUCCUGGCUCCUACAGGACAUCAAUUCUCCGUCUGAGCGCAGCACUGUCCUCAGCAGCUUGUUUAAAGGAACUGAAUAUGAGAUCAAGAUCCGUCCAUAUUUUGAUGAAUUCCAGGGCAAGGACAGCCGGACGUUACUGGUGCGAACGACUGAAGAAGUCCCCAGCGCUCCACCGAGAGCUGUUACAGCGGCAACGGUGAAACUAAGCAACUCCUCCGGUGUCAGCGUCUCCUGGGAGCCUCCGCCCAAUGAGAUGCAAAACGGUGUCAUUCAGGAGUACAAGGUUUGGUGUGUGGGCAGUGGUGGAGACAACCAAACACGGUACUACGUCAACAGGACGGUGGACGGAAACACAUUGUCCACAGUACUGAAAGGCCUGAUGCCUGGGGUUCUGUACCAGGUGGAGGUGGCGGCAGUCACUGGCGCUGGAGUCGGCACUCACAGUCAGCCUGUGUCUGUCCUUAUCAAGCUACCAGCUGAACUGCCCUCGAUGGGAGGAGAAGAAAACGGUGCUGGCAGCAGUGACGGUGACGAGGAGAGCAGCGUAAGCUUGGCUGAGCAGAUAACCGAUGUGGUCAAGCAGCCAGCAUUCAUUGCCGGCAUCGGUGGAGCCUGCUGGGUCAUUCUCAUGGGUUUCAGCGUCUGGAUUUACUGCAGGCGUAAGAAGAGAAAGGAGCUGAGUCACUACGCCGCUUCCUUUGCGUACACGCCAGCAGUUGGGUUUCCUCAUGGUGAGACAUCAGGACUGAAUGGAAGACCUGGUGUGCUCGGAGGCAGCAUGGGCAACUACCCGUGGCUGGCAGACUCCUGGCCCACAACCAACCUGGUCCACAGUGGCAAAGAGGCCAUGGGCUGCUGCACCACCAAUCAUGACACAGCAGAGAGAUACUAUAACGAAGCUGGUAUCUCCAACUACCUGAAUCAGACGGAGAAGUACAGCAUGGGCGGCUCCACCGAAGGUCCCAUCUACAGCACCAUAGACGCCACCAACGAGAACCUGAACGGCUUCACCUACGCCCAGGACAUCUCCACCGCCCCUUAUGCCUCCACCUCCAUCAUGCCCUUCACCAACCAGGCGCAGCCCAGCAGCUGCGAACAGCAGCAGGACGAUGCCCACUGGAUACCACAAGCGGGGCCCUCUGGAGCCCAGUACGCUCAGCCAGACCGCUGCACUGGGAAGCCUAGGCAGAAGGCGAUGGGAAAAGCAGUAAAGACCCCGUCCCUGACCUGGAUGGACGCUCUGCCCCCGCCACCACCCAUCGGAGAUUUGGAUCAGUGUGAGCAGGAAGAAGAACACACAGAACAUGAGGACAUGGACUUAGGCUCGGAGGAGGAUUGGUGUCCUCCUCUUCCUGAGAGGACCUACCUGAUGGAGGGCUGCGAGGAUGGGCCUUCACCUCCUCAGAGGAACAACGCCUGCUCUCCGGCCACCUCCUACAGUCACCAGUCUACAGCCACACUCACUCCCUCACCCCAUGAGGAAAACCAAGCUCCCAGUGACCUCGUGCGCCCCAACCAGCUCGAUGGAGCCCAGUUUUCACGCAGAAGGUUACCCUGCGGUCCAGUGCCAGUUCCCCAGGCACCAAGCCCACCGCUCACCCAGUCCAACCCUAACCCCUCCGGCCAACAGCAUCACGGCUCAUCAGAGGUUGGCACGCUGCAGUGCCAAAGUCCUGCCCAUCGCUGCCUCCACAGCCAGGGGCCUGGUCUGAAAGAAGACACCAGUGGCAGCACUACACCUGUGCACAGUCGCUCGUCACCCGCAGACACAUGCACCCCUCCCAGUCAGAAAUCCCGUGUGAAAAAAAAGGCGUCAAAGAAUUCGGCGUACAGAAGAGACAUACAAGGAGACCUGCCCCCUCCUCCAGAGCCACCCCCAGAAGAGGACAGGUUGCUGGUUCCCCAGGGCUGCACUGAGACCAGCAAUAGCACCAUGUCCUCCCUGGAGCGCAGCGAAUGCAGCAGUGGAAGCCACCAGCGGAAAGGCUCAGCACAAAGACAUGCUGAGAAUGAAGACAUGAUGCUGUACGGUGGUAAAGCGUGCUACCUUUCCAGGAGUCAGAUGUCCAGUAACUGCUCGACCACAGGAAGCUCCUCAUCCAGAGGCUCCACGGGCUCCCGAGGGCUCAACAAUGUGAGGAAACACAGUGAGGAAAUGAGAUAAAAAACCCACCAGCAACCAUCGAUGCCUCCAUCAUCCGCCAUCUCUCCGCCGUGGACACAAUAAGCUGAAAAAGAAGAGUGAGGAUGUAAAAAAUAUCAGACUCUACCGUCCAUCUGCUGUGAAAGACAGAAAGAAAUCAAACGGACUUUUCACAACUGGUUUGUUCUGCAUUGCCAUGGUUAUUUAUGAACGCUCUGUUUCUUUCCUCUCCCUUGAUUUGUAAAUACCCGUGUCUGU